GUUACUGUUAAAGUAAUCUCUCACAUCGAGUACUGUCGACAUUCUUGAUUGACUCGUCAGAGUUAUGAGUGUAAGCUCUCCUGGCAAAACUUCACUAAGAAUCUAAUUCAAAUCAGCCAAAAUUCAUGCAUUCGUUAGAAGUGGAAGCUGGACAACGAAUACACGAGGAUGACACUUGGGAACAGGUCGAAGGGGCUUUGAGGGCUGGUGCGGCCUUGGAGGAGUUUCUACCUGCUGAGUGCCGCCCAACGUCUCACAAGAGAGCAAGAAGGUGUCCUGAAAAUCGAUCUGACAGUUGUACAGCUGAUGCAUCAGAUCCUACCGAAGAAGCACAGGCGCAACAAUCACAGCAGUGCAACGAUGCCGCUGAACCCAAGCAAGCAGCGUUAGCAAGCGAUCAGGCACAGGUGAAAGAGGGGCCCAUGCAGCGCUGGCUGGUGAUCAGCCAGCUUCGCAGAGCUUUGAGCAGCAGUGAUUGGGAGCCAAAAAUCCUGGCAAGUCCUAGCUGUGCUGGGCUUACAAAAGCAGACUGGUGUUGGGUGUUCACGCCUCCUUGCGGCACCACCUUAGAGGACAGCAUGCUGCUGCACUCUCGUGCUCCUGUGCCUGGGCUUCUGGCACCUUGGCUGCACCUGCUGCAGAUUAUUGACAGCCCUGCCUUAGGCGUGUUUGUCCUCUGCAUUGCUCUGCCCCAUCACUGCAGGGAAACAAUCUGGCUUCUGACCGACCCCAACAAGGAGGAAAAAGAAUGUCAGGAUGCCAAGCAAUUGGUGGGAACUUGCUUUGGUCGUCUCAUGCUUGGAAAGCUGAAGGCAUCAGAUAUGGUGAUUCUGCUUGGUACCCUUGGGCUCAACAACCAGAAGGGGCCACUUGGGGUGCUCAUUGACUCAGAGCUUCGACUGCGGUAUUUUGCAGCCACAGGUAUAGCAUGCUGAUGUCAAUAUCAGUUUCAGCAUCUGCAAAAUUUCGAAGUGCACCCUCAAAAUGUUGCAAUGUUCUAAAUAAAGUGAAAUGCCCAGUGAUUUGAAUAGUGGGAAGUGUCAAAGUGGAUUAUGUCAGAUUCAAAUACUCUUCGGUCAGCAAUGCAAGGAACCCCUUUCCCUCGGGGGUUUAUAUGAUUUAAGACUGCAAUGAAACUUACACUCUAUCCACACAUAAACAGCUUGAACAGCUGGUCAUUAGCCUAUCCUGACGUGGACGUUCAUGACCUUGACACACAUCCAGCAUUUCACAAACUCAAUCCCUCGCCCGGAAGGGCACUGAGAUAAAGAAGACCUUACUGGCUCCCUAGAAGGGCCCAACAUUCCCCAGCACUCACUGGCUAUCAACGUGACACACCUCCAAGGAUGAUACACUCUUCCAAGCCUCUGCAGGAGACAUCACCUUGGGGACAACCUCACGCACGCUACUCAAAUCAAACUAAUUACCUGUGUAGUCUCUUAUGAAAAAUUGGAGGACUCGUGUAUCAAAGAUCGUGACCAGAGUCACUGAUCUUCAACACCAAUAUAAAGGAAAGUGAAUACAUGCUUGUCUCAUGGAUCCGUGUGCAUAUGCACAACAGAUGCCUCCUUGAUCCCAGUCACACCCCCAAGGUCCCGUCCCAAAACAGCAAGGCUGCACUUGCGACCUCAAUUUCCCCAAUUGCCGGCUUGAAACUUGUCUCAAUAGGCUCUGCAUGUGCAACUAUCGCUUUGACGCCUGACUUAGGGGUUAUAUUACCACAGAUGAU